CGGCGCCACAGCCUCGUUCCGUUCCUCUCGCGCGGCUGCACGGACACUGUCUCGGAUCGUUGGAGUACUUCUGCUUUCACCGGAAAUGUGGCAUACAGCAGAUUUGGAUUCAUCCCGCAGGUAGUUUAUCCCCCUUCCAGUGUGACUUUCGCCCGCUCUCGGCAGUCCUCCGGGCUGGUCCGUGUCGGCAGUGAGCAGCAGAUCUUUGAGUUUGGAUGUUACUGUGAUUGUGUCUCUGCCCAAAUGACUGAGAGAGGAACCACCGGGAGACGCUGCUCUCCGUCCCGCGCCUGUACGGCGACCGUCGGGUAAAGUUUGAACGGCAGAGAUGAUGGCAGAUUCUUAAAAUUGACCACAGCGAGGAAAACACCAUCUUCUUCAGGGACCUCUUUCUGGGAUUACUCACUUACUGGAUUUAUUCGUGAAACAUGAAGACUUUAAUUGUUGAGGGUGGUCGCCUCCUCUGCCUGGUGUUAUGGCUUAACCUGGUGCCAGUGAUGAAUGGCUGCCCAGCGAAGUGCGUGUGCUACAGCGAGCCGAGGCCAACCGUGGCCUGUCAACAGCAGGGUCUGUUCUCUAUUCCCACCGAGAUCCCCAUCCGUAGCCAGCGAAUAUUCCUCCAGAGCAACAAACUGACAGUGAUCCGAUCGACCAGCUUUAGUUCAGUGCAUAACCUCACCGUCCUGUGGAUGUACUCGAAUAACAUCAGCCAUAUCGAGGCGGGGGCCUUUUACGGGCUGGAGAGACUGGAAGAAUUAGACAUCGGCGACAACAGCAACCUUCGCAUCAUCAGUCCCACUGCGUUUCGUGGUCGCCUCCUCUGCCUGGUGUUAUGGCUUAACCUGGUGCCAGUGAUGAAUGGCUGCCCAGCGAAGUGCGUGUGCUACAGCGAGCCGAGGCCAACCGUGGCCUGUCAACAGCAGGGUCUGUUCUCUAUUCCCACCGAGAUCCCCAUCCGUAGCCAGCGAAUAUUCCUCCAGAGCAACAAACUGACAGUGAUCCGAUCGACCAGCUUUAGUUCAGUGCAUAACCUCACCGUCCUGUGGAUGUACUCGAAUAACAUCAGCCAUAUCGAGGCGGGGGCCUUUUACGGGCUGGAGAGACUGGAAGAAUUAGACAUCGGCGACAACAGCAACCUUCGCAUCAUCAGUCCCACUGCGUUUCGCGGUCUGACCAAGUUGCAUACCCUUCACCUGCACAGGUGCGGGCUGUCCGAGCUCCCGAUGGGAGUUUUCCGAGGACUCUUCUCGCUUCAGUAUCUCUACCUGCAGGAUAAUAACCUUCUGGCGCUGCACGAAGACACUUUCCUGGACCUGGCCAACCUCACCUACCUAUUCUUACAUAACAACAAGAUCAAGGUGGUGACCGACCACAUGCUGCGCGGUCUCAUCAGCCUUGACCGUUUGCUCCUGCACCAGAACCGCAUCAUACACGUGCAACAGCGGGCUUUCAAUGACCUGGGCAAGCUGACCACCUUGUUUCUCUUUUUCAACAACCUCACCAUGCUGACAGGAGAGGCCAUGAACCCGCUGGUGUCCCUCCAGUACCUGAGGCUCAAUGGAAACCAAUGGAUUUGCGACUGUCGAGCCAGGCCACUGUGGGACUGGUUCAAACGCUUCAAAGGGUCCAGCUCCGAGUUGGAGUGCCACCUUCCGAACUCUCUAACCGGGAAGGACCUUAAGCGACUGAAAAGCGACGAUUUGGAGGGAUGCGUGGACUCUCCGUCGCAGGUUCAAACCAGUAUCUUCAACACCAAGGCACGCUCUGGAAAGUUCCUCUCACUCGACGAUCCUCUCGUCGAAAGCAUUCCCAGGUGCUGUCUUUCGGAUAACGACAAAUCCUCCAUUAUCUCCAGUAAGUCCCUCCCGGAUCCUUCAUCCUACAACAGCCGGCAGAUCACCAACAAUCCCCUGAAAGAGAAGGAGAACAUCUCCAAAACCAAGUUUCGGGAGCUGGAGCGAACGAAAAACGAAACUCGCAAUAAGCAGAGUCUCAACGACGGUCCUUUGGGAACCAUGUCCAACAACCUCGACCAGACCAUGGACAAAAUCAACCCAGAUCUUCUGGACAAUCUGGAACCUUCUACAGCCCCAACCAGAAAGAAAAAAAAGUGCUCCAAAAAGCCCAAAUCAGACCAGUAUUGUCUAAAGGCUCACGCAUCCACCGUUCAAGUAUUGGCCGUUCUCUUUCUCCCCUUGUUCUUGGUGUCUCUGGCUUUGUCCUAGUUCAUACUCUCGUCCAUCAAUUUGCUCUUUACAAUGACACAAAAUACCUGCAGUAGCCUACGUGGACAGGCAAAAGACGAUGAAAAGGGGGUUACGACGUUGCCCCGCAUGGUUGAGAAUAAGUUGUAAUGCUAAAGACGCAUUAAAAGAAAUGAAUGCCUUUACAGAAUACAUGAGAUCUAAUGUAUAUAAAACACGGUGCCCAAAUGUUUGUUCUAUGUACUUUUAAUGUGCUGUGUUUAAGCAACACUGCGGAGAGUUCCCUAUUCCCACAUCACCUCCAAAAAAAAGUUGAUCUGAAAGUGACUAUUGUAGAUGAACCACUAAAAAAAAGAGAAAAAAAAUCCUUAAACCAUGACUAAACUAAACCAGAGCGCCGAAAGCACCCAGGAAUGUUGCCGAUGAGAAACCGAAGGGGAGUGACAUGAUUUUUUCCCCCAGUAUAUAUAUAUAUUUUUUUCUUUUAAAAGUGAUACAUUUGUUCUAUGCUGUUUUUUAUGUUUCUAAGUAUUUCAGUAAAGACAAAUGUUUAACUCUCCCCAAAUAUGUGCUAUGUUCUGUUUGCGUCAUGACACACACUGCAGGUGGCAUCUUGGGAAGGAAUGCUGUCUAUUUGUUCACUGAAAUUGCGAUGGAAUCAUAGAUAUGCAUUUUAUUUUG